CUGAAACGGAAGGAAGACAAUUAAUGUUGGACACGUCGAUGUUUUGGAUGUAAAAUUGCUGCAGGAGAAACAGUGAAAUAUGAGCGUUUACUUGCUGAUAUAUUGUCUAAUCAUUACUAAACUGUGGAUUAUACCUUGCGAAGCGAAAUUUCCACAAGGUCACGGAGAAGUUUUGGGAAAACAUCGUCCAUCCGAUGGCCACGUAAAAAUUCUUCAUGAAAUUCCUUCACCUCAGAAGUUUUGGGAAGAACAUGCGCACUACAGGACGCCGGUUGUAUUCAAAGGCGCUGCGAAAUCUUUUCCAGCUUUUAAUCUAUGGACCGAUGAAUAUUUAGUGCAGAAAUAUGGCGAUCUAGAGGUGAAAUUGGAAGCAAAAAAGGAAAAGGAUGAAGUCCCAGUUGGAAUACAAGGCUUGGGGCGAGAUACAAUCAAAAGUUACUUGAGUAGUUAUAAGAAUAAAGAUUCAUAUAUUGUAUCUCAGUUACCUGAUCCAAUGGCAACUGAAAUAAAUGUUUUGCCAUGCUUGUCUUGUGGGACCUUUGUCAACAGGCUCAUGGAGGCAAACCUGUGGUUGAGUAGUGGGGGUACCUCAAGUAUGUUGCAUCGUGAUGCUGAUAAUGCAAUUAAUUGUUUGUUAAAUGGUACCAAAGAUUGGAUCUUGAUUGAUCCCAAACAUGAAGACAAAAUUCCAAUUGCAAAAGGUGAUUCAGGUUAUGGUGGUUUUGCAGUCCUGGAUGUCAAUAAAGUGAAUCUUCUAAAGUAUUCAAAGUUUCAAAAUGUUCCUUGGCAUUAUGCCAAUCUUACAGCUGGUGAUUGUUUGUACUUACCAUAUGGGUACUGGCACCAAGUGCGAUCUUUUGGCAAUAAAAACAUGGCCGUCUCUGUCUUGUUUUCUCGUCUGAAGCAUUUCGAGCCCAACGGUUGUGACAAAGAAGAAUACAAAUCAUAUCCUCUAGCUGAUGCAAAUAUGAUAUGGACUUAUCCUGGCCAUGGUCCUCAGACACUUGGGAAUGGUGAUCCAUUUGAAUUUAGAGACAGUAUAAUGAAAAUGAUUUCCAAGCAAAAAAUCAAGAAUGAAAAAUUUGAUAACUUUGAAAGCUUCUCUCGUUACCUCGUUAAGAUAGGAAUGAUUGACGAAGAUGAAAGAGAAAGAAAACUUCCCAAACAGUUAUACAACUUGUUCAAGAACUUUACCAACGAUAAUAUAACAUCGGAAACCUUUGCGAGUUUGUCCAUCGAGCAAGUGAAAUCAUGGAUAAAGUUGUCUGAUUUGGAUCCUGCGAACACUGAAGAAUACGAGUAUUACACUUUUUCUCAGUCUGACAUCAGUGAGAUGGUCGACACACUAAUGGAGUCUGAAGAGACUUUUGGCAAAGAAGCGUUUAAGAAUGCCUACAAGAAUUUGGGAGGCUCCGAAAAGAUUGCACUUGAAUUAUUCUCAUUAUUGGAUUCGAACAAUGACGAAUAUGUGACGGAAGACGAAUUAUCUCAAAAUGGACAAAAUGUUUUGGAUUUGUUUGAGAACGAAAGCGAAUCUGAUCCAUCUGGAUACUACUACAGCAAGGAGUUGCAAAAAGACAAAGAAAUGAUGCAAAAAGACAAAGAAACAAUGGGGAAUGUUAAGCAAGAAAAAGAUGAACUGUAAUCGUUAUCAUCAACAUGUCAAAAUGAUAUUUACACAUUAGUUAUGAAUAUCUCGUACUUUACCAAGACUUAUAGUCUUAAAUUCAUUCAUUAGCUAAGACAGUAAGUGUUGGUUUGAUUAAAACUUUCCACUUAAA